GUAGAACCGCUGACAGCUGACUGCAUACGAGAUACGAUUCGUCGCGGCGCUCGACGCGAUGCUUAUUGCUCGAGUCAGCUGAUGAUGAGAAACGGAUCGAGCGAUCCCAAAUCAGCUCUGAAAAUGAGCGAAGCGCCGCCCAAGCUAGCGAAACUUCUACACAUCAGCGCGUUCCUGACUUACGCCUAUACUAUAUAUUACUCUCACACAAAAGUCAAUGUCCCGCUGCCGUAUCCCGAGUUCGCGUAUGCUGGGAAAGCGAAGUACCUCACGCAAUGGAACCUUUAUUUAAGUGGACUUUAUUUCGGACUAUGUGUUCUGCAAAACUUGCUUCGUUCGAAGUCACUCGCCCGCGUCCGUGACUACAUCUUUUGCUCGGUGUCGCUGCCUUCGAGCAUCUUCGUCACCAUCCUCUUCUGGGGAAUAUACGCCGUCGAUCGCGAACUGAUAUUCCCGAAAGAAAUCGAGCCAUAUUAUCCCAACUGGGUCAACCACUGUUCGCAUACGUUAAUCGCCUUCACGGCGAUAAGCGAGGCUCUGCUCUAUUCUCACGGAAUACCAUCGAACCGGAAAGCCCUCCCAGGAAUCCUGGCCUGGUUCGGUUUCUAUCUCGUCUGGGUUCUCUACCUUGGAGUCUCUCGCGGAAUUUGGGUUUAUCAAGUGAUGAGGGUAUUGGAACCCGCAGGUCUGACGGCGUUCUUCCUUGGAUGUACGGUCGCUGUUUUGUCUCUGCAUCUGACGUGUCACGCAUUGCUGCGCGUGAGAGACAGCUUGCUAUCUCCUCAGGCUAAACAGCAGAAAGUGGGCUAAACGAUCAUAUGGGGCGGAAUGAGGGUGCUCAAAUAACUGAGCAGGCGCGAUGUGCUCAUUUCCAGUCUUUCUCUCCGAUUCCCCAAAGUCUCCGAGCUCGGAUCAUGCACUGAUACUUUUUUCAGUUACUCGGUGAGCUCUAGAAUGACAACGUGUUUUUUUUUACAUUAACAAGUAAUAAAAUAGCGAAUGGUCAUGGGGACCAGGAUCACG